GUGCUUUCACUUGAAGUUUAGUUUGCAGUUGUGCUUUAGGCUGUGGCUUUCAGCCUAGGUGUAAUUCUGCCACAGCCUGGCUGCAAGGUCUCAGACUGGGGGCUCUGCAACAGGCAGCAGGGGGAAGUCGACUGAACUGAGCCCGCCGCCUGCUGCGCCUCUCGUCAGGGAGCACCGGGCUGAGCGUGGGUCCACCACCAGGAGGAAGCCCAAGGUUCAUCAUCCGGCACUUGUUAAGUCCUCUCUGAUCUCCAGCUGUCGUCACAGAGCAUCUCUGAUUCCAGUUAUGUCGAAUCCGGUUGGGAGUUUAUCAGAAUCUACCAUAUAUGGAUCCCGGAUGGGGAUGACAGAGGAGUCUCUUGCCCUUCUGGAGCGAAGCAGCAGCUCUGGAGAGCUUUGGGACAUGGUGGACAUCAAACCGAGUGUGUCCGGCCUUUACCUCUCCUGUUUCGACAUGCUGCUCAGCGAGGACACCACCUGGCUAGUGAAAGUUUCCGAGGCGACCCCGACUUUGACCUUACCCAUGGCUCGCCUGGAGCCACACAAGGAACCUGAACAGUGUCCCGUCAUCGACAGCCAGGAACAGGGGAUCUGUCCUGGGCUGGAGGGGCAGGUGGAGGAGCGAUCACUGGAGCAGGUGCAGAGCAUGGUGGUGGGAGAGGUGCUGAAGGACAUAGAAACGGCCUGCAAACUUCUCAAUAUCACCCCAGACCCGAUAGAGUGGAACACAGUAAAUGUCCAGAAGUGGCUGCUGUGGACUGAACAUCUGUACAGGCUUCCCCACGCAGGAAAAGCCUUCCAGGAGCUGACAGGGAAGGACCUGUGUGCCAUGAGUGAAGAAGAGUUUCGCCAGCGUUCGCCGCAAUGCGGAGACACGCUGCACGCACACCUAGACAUAUGGAAGUCAGCUGCCUGGAUGAAGGAGAGAUGUUCAGCUGGAGAUCCCAAAGCCACUGGUCUAAACAUUGGUUGUCAUGCAGGCACAGAGGCGCUUUGGUCAGAAGCAGAUUCAUCGUGUUCAGGACAACCGAUUCAUCUGUGGCAGUUUCUCAGGGAGCUUCUUCUCAAACCGCACAGCUAUGGACGCUGCAUCCGCUGGCUCAAUAAAGAAAAAGGUAUUUUCAAAAUCGAAGACUCGGCUCACGUGGCCAGACUGUGGGGACUGAGGAAGAAUCGUCCUGCGAUGAAUUACGACAAGCUGAGCCGCUCCAUACGUCAGUACUACAAGAAGGGCAUCAUCCGUAAGCCCGACGUGUCUCAGAGACUUGUGUACCAGUUUGUUCAUCCAGUAUGA